GCCGCCGUAUGCAGCAGUCAGCGGUACAGCCGCUCCAAAUCAUCGUCCUGUGUACAUUUCAGAAGAGGGACAAUGCCUUUUAAAUUGUGUUUGACUUUUAUAGCUCUUUUUCUAACUAAAAAUCAGUGUUUUGCCGACGAUGAUCACGAAAUGGAAGAGUUUCUGAAGCGGGAGUAUUCUCUUUCCAAGCCUUACCAAGGUGUGGGAUCUCUGAGCUCCUCCCACUGGGAGCUGAUGGGGGAUGCCAUGGUAACCACCGACCAGGUGCGACUCACACCCGACAAGCAGAGCAGACAGGGGGCGGUGUGGAGCCGUAUUCCAUGCAAUCUGAAGGACUGGGAGAUGCAGGUACACUUUAAGAUUCAUGGACAAGGCAAGAAGAACCUGAACGGCGAUGGGAUGGCCAUCUGGUACACUAAGGAGCGAAUGCAGAAAGGUCCCGUGUUUGGAAAUAUGGACAACUUCACCGGCUUGGGUGUCUUUGUGGACACGUAUCCCAACGAGGAGAAACACUUAGAGGCACAGAAGAAGAGAUACACUCCUCGCACGCAGAGGAUCUUCCCCUUCGUGCUGGCCAUGGUGGGGAACGGCACCAUCAGCUACGAUCACGAGCGGGACGGGCGGCCCACAGAGCUGGGCGGCUGCAACGCCAUGGUGCGCAACCUCAAGCACGACACCUUCCUCUUCAUCCGAUACGUCCGGCGCAGGCUCACGGUGAUGAUAGACAUAGACGGCCAGCACGAGUGGAGGGACUGCCUGGACAUACCGGGGGUGCGGCUGCCGCAGGGCUAUUAUUUUGGAGCGACAGCCGUCACCGGAGAUCUCUCAGAUAACCACGAUGUCGUUUCCCUGAAGCUCUACCAACUGACGGUGUUUAGGAGUCAAAAGGAGGAGGAGGAGGAAGAGGAGGAUCGGGACGGGCGGCCCACAGAGCUGGGCGGCUGCAACGCCAUGGUGCGCAACCUCAAGCACGACACCUUCCUCUUCAUCCGAUACGUCCGGCGCAGGCUCACGGUGAUGAUAGACAUAGACGGCCAGCACGAGUGGAGGGACUGCCUGGACAUACCGGGGGUGCGGCUGCCGCAGGGCUAUUAUUUUGGAGCGACAGCCGUCACCGGAGAUCUCUCAGAUAACCACGAUGUCGUUUCCCUGAAGCUCUACCAACUGACGGUGUUUAGGAGUCAAAAGGAGGAGGAGGAGGAAGAGGAGGAUGUAAUAACCAUACCCAGUGUAGAUAACAUGGAACUCCUCAGAUUGGGACAGGUUGAAGAAGGGAUGAGCGGAAUAGCCAUUUUCUUCACAGUGCUCUUCUCCAUGCUGGGCUGCAUCUUCCUCAUCGUCAUCGGCCUGGUAAUCUACAGCCACUGGAACGAAAGCCGGCGUAAGCGCUUCUACUGAGGGAACGCUCGGGGGGGAGAGUACGACUGCAGUCCACGGGCCAAACAGCGAGGAGACGGAAGUGAGGCGCUGCCAUUGGUUGAUGACAGGCGAUGGGGGACGUUACAUUUCCCCCUCAGCUCCUGCCUGACUCACACCAACUCAGCCUUACCAUCUUCACCUCUGUACCUUUUAUACAGCAGACUUUUUUUGUUGUUUUUUUGUCUGUUUUCAUUCUACUUUCACAGAUCUUGACCUAAUGGCUAGGAGAAACAUUACAUUUACAAAUGGCUGAAGUAUCCAUCCCCCUCAUGAAUAAUGUACCUGCUGCAUUAAGUACUGAAUAAAAACUCAGUCAGGAGGGAUGCCGUGGAAAUGUAAAUCCGAGCACACCACAUUAAAUCAUGAUCCAUUAUCAGGGGCCAUGCUGCUGUUUCAGCCACAGAAUGUGUUUAUUAUAUUUCAGAAACAUUAUAUACCUUCCCUGAGCAUGUCUUCCAGGUGGCAGCUUAAGUUGCUUUUAAACUUGUUUUUGUGCUUUUUUAUUUUAUUUAAAUUAUUGCGUUAUGUUUUGUAUCUAUUUUGUAUUUAUUUUUAGAAGAAAAAAAAACUAGGUCUUUUAUUUUCCUCCUGCCAAAUGCAUCUAAACCUAUUGCUGCCAAACCAAAUCCUCUUGGAUCCCUGCCGUGCUGUAUACUACUGCUGUGUAAUGCACAAUAGUGCCCUUUUUCUUUCUUCCACGACUUGUCAAAACUGUUUAUGAAGAGCGUAUGAAAGGCUGAAUGUUCACAGCUGUUGCUGGCGUUAUGACUACAAAUGUGUUCAGUUUGUUUCUUUUGUCGGACGAUGAAGCAUGAAAAGGUCUGAAGGCCUUUUACCAAUCCAGGCUUCCUUUGGCAGGCAGCCUCAUCUCUUCCUCAUGUGUUCUGGAAAUGGCCGCGGGGCUAAAGGCGGCGUCAUGUAUCCUCUGUGUGGGUUUUUUCUUUUGUUGUGUUUUCCGGGAUAACUUCCUUUUCCCUGUGGCCACUUGGACAUUUACCUCACCAUCUUAUUUAUUUAAAUUAUACCGUUUGCUGUUUUUGUAUGAAACCUGAGUUCUUCUUUCAGGAAGCCACAAAUUAACGUUUCCAAACAUGAGAAAUGUGUUCCGUUUCUAUGUCUUUUUUGCAUUGCCCCGUUGGAUGUGUGAGUGAGCUUUGGG